AUGAAGCUGCGCAUCCUGACGUUCAACGUCUUCUUCGACGAGGUGGCUCGCUCCGUGCGCAUGAAGGCCAUCGGCCGGCUCGUGGAGCGCACGCGCCCCGCGGUCAUCGGGUUCCAGGAGGUCACGCGCGAGGCGCUGGCGCUGCUCAAGGCGCAGAGCUGGGCCCAGUUCUACGACUGCAGCGUGGACACGGCCCCGCCCUUCCAGGAGGCCUACUUCGUGGCCCUAUUCAGCGCCCUCCCCGUCAAGUCGUUAGAGACGCACCCGUUCUCCAAUACGGGGAUGGGCAGAGAGCUCGUGCUCAUGCAGGUAGAACCCACUCCGGGCUGUACGCUCUACGUGGGGACGUCCCACCUCGAGAGUCUCCCGCAGUUCGCGGGGCCUCGCGUGGCCCAAUUGAAGGAGAGUCUCACUCUACUUCGGGACCGAAGUAGUCCCAGCGUCUGUCUCGGGGCGGUGUUCAUGGGGGACACGAACCUGCUGCGAGCGGACAUGAAGCUGCUGGACCGACGUCUGACCGCGUUCGCGGAUGUGGAUGUGGAGCUGGCCAAGAGUGGCAGGUCCAAGUGUCGGAAGUGCAGGGAGAGUAUUGAUAAGGGUGCGGUGCGGGUGGGGAAGAUGAUGAAGGACAAGGUGGCCGGAGGGAAGGUCAUGGAGAUCCGAGUGUGGUUCCAUGAGGAUUGUUUCCUAGAGGCAGCGGAUACUACGGAUGAUGAGAAGCAGUUGGUGAGACGGAAGGCGGGUGAGCUUCGUGGGGAGGAGGUGGGGCACGGAGACGAAGAGGAAAUGGACAUGGUAGGAUAUCUGGAGUCGAGAUUCUUGUUGAUAAGGCGAGCCAAUUUAUUUUUCUUGUUGUGA